AUGAAGCUCUCAACUGCCCUAUCUGCAACAGCGACAUUUCUACUCAUGGGAAGAAUCCGAAGUCUCCCUGCUGAAUAUGACGACGGAAUGUCCCUCCGCGAUGCCCUCAUGAUGCUUAAGAGUGACGAUGGCGUCCGUGUGCUGGGAUAUGACGGAGUUCUGCGCCGACUCAACGUCGCUCGUACCGGAGUAGUUGACUACAUUCAACUCUCCGCCCGUCACGUCGAAGAAUUGGUCGCCUGGAAGUACCCUAACCAGCGCGAUACAUGGGCCGGCGUCGACGGGCAUGCAGUGACCGAUGAAGCUCAACUGUUGACUGUUCCUGACUCCAUUGCCCCUCUCGAUCCGAGCACGAUGGUCUCGAAGCCAAAGAACAAGACGAUGUUGAAGCCGCAGUAUACAGAUUGUCGUGAUUCUGAGUGUGUCAGGGUAGAGGUGUGCAGGGCUUUCGAUCCGCCGUGUGCAGAAUGUGAGCCGUUUCAGGAGUGCGUUGGUGAGCCGACAGGCUGUCUGGUACGUUAUUUCUGUGAGGAUACUCUACCGAAUGUCGAUGUCCAGAAGUUGGACCAGUACUUUUCGAAUGGGUGGUCAUCGAUACUUAACCAUCGAAUGACAUGGAUAUUGAGCAAUGUUCAGCAGUGUCUCUGA